AUGGUUGCAACCUUCGUGUUUGUAUCGUGUCGCAAUCCGUGUUCACGUCGCGUGCGCCAAGUAGCAGAACAUAACUCCUCAUAUUCUCUCGCAACCGUUAUACGCACUCGCGAGAUCCGAACGAAUAGCGUGAUUAAGAUCAUCGAGAGAAGCAGGUGUGUCUCUCCAAUUCGGAUUCCUCCUUCGUUGUUGGAUUAUUUGAAUUCAUCGAUCAAUUCGUUGAGACGGUUAGUUGCUGAAUUGUUGGAGCGAAUUUGA